UAAUCUGUGAAAAUGACGUGACAGGUGUCAGUACAUUUGUUUUUAAUUGUUUGUGUAUCAAAAUUUUAAAAUCCUCGUAACAUAAAGCACAUAAAAAUGAGUAACAAAUGCAUCCAAACAUACACCAGUCGCGAUGAAUUGAACACACCAGACAACGUGGUGCAAGAUAUUCUACAGACGUUCACAGAUUUGAGGCACUAUUCCAGGGAAAUCGAACAAGAAUUGAAAAGCACCGAAAAUGAGUCUAUUAACGUAUAUAUCAAGGAGAGUGAGAACAUUGCAAGCCUGCACAAUCAAAUAUCAGCUUGCGAUCAGAUUUUGGAGCGUAUGGAGAAUAUGCUUUUGGAUUUUCAGAAUGAUUUAGGCAGCAUAAGUACAGAGAUAUUAACGUUACAACGUAAGAGUAUUUCUAUGAGUCAGGAGUUGACCAACAGGCAAGCGAUUAGGGGACAAAUCAGCCAAUUCAUUGAUGAUAUAGCUGUACCAGAAAAUUUAAUGCUGGGCAUUAUGGAUCACACAGUAACAGAUAAAGAAUUUUUGACCCAGUUGCAAAUUUUAAACCACAAAAUUGGUUUCAUCAAAGAACAAAGCUUUAAGGAUACCAAAUCUUGUCUUGAUGUAAGAGAUAUUGUGGAAAAGUUGCGAAUUAAAGCUAUGACCAAAAUUCGUGUUUACUUAUUGGAGCAAAUAGCACGAUUUAGAAAACCCAUGACAAACUAUCAAAUACCGCAGAAUGCUUUGCUCAAAUUUAAGGGGUUGUACGAAUUUUUGUUGUCAAAUGAGAGGAACACAGCUGAGGAGGUGUGCAAUGAGUAUGUGGACACAAUGAGCAAAAUUUAUUACAGUUAUUUUAAAUCCUAUGAUGGUCGGAUAAUGAAGUUGCAGUAUGAAGAAACCACAACUAAGGAUGAUUUGAUGGGGAUUGAGGACACUGCCACCCGGGGCAUGUUCAAUAAAAGCAGUUUAAGAAAUAGAGCUACAGUUUUUACUAUUGGAAAUAGAGGUGAUGUUUUGGCUCAACAGUUGGAGGCUCCCAUAAUUGUACCACAUGCAGAGACCAAAAAUAAGUAUCCAUUUGAGUCAUUAUUUAGAAGUGUGCAAUAUGCACUAGUUGAUAAUGCUUGUCGGGAAUAUUUAUUUGCCAGCGAAUUUUUUUACGUGCAAAAUCAGGCUGCAAAAGAUUUAUUCACUCAAAUUAUGGGCAGAACUAUUACAUUAUUACAGAAAAAUUUGGAAAACUAUUUUAAUGGUUGUUAUGAUUCUGUGGCAAUAUUUUUGUGCUACCAUUUGGUUUUGAGAUACAAGAUUAUGUGCCAUAAACGAUGCGUUCCCGCUUUGGACGAUUAUUGGGAAUUUCUGGAGAAAAUUUUGCUCAGUAGGUUCCAACACAUUAUUAACUUGAAUGUGCAGAGUAUAAAGGACUUUGAUAUUUUAAAGUUUAGCAAGGAAAUGGGGCCACAUUAUAUUGCAAGAAGGUACGCGGAGUAUAGUGCCGCCCUCGUGAGCAUAAACGAGAGUUUCCCGAACGAGUUGAUCAACAAACUGCUGGCGGAACUGCAAGAGGAGGUGGAAAUGUUUAUUUUCCGCAUGGCGGGGGUUUUCGAGGAACGCAAGGAACAGCUGAUAUUUUUGAUAAACAAUUACGACAUGAUUUUGGGCAUAAUCAUGGAGCGAACGCGCGACAACUCCAAAGAGGCGGAAACUUUUAAAGCGCGCUUGUCGUCGAAAAGCGGGGAGUACGCGGAAGAAAUCCUGUACCCGUAUUUCGGCGAGAUAAUCCAGUACGUGAAGGAGUGCGAGUACUUUUUCGAGAAGGCCAUGAUCGAGGAGCUGAAAGGGAUGGAGCCGAGAGCCAAUCAGAUCGUGCAGAAUUUCUCCAAGACCUGGAAGAAGUCGCUGGAAGAGUUGAACAGGGACGUGUUGCUCUCCUUUCCCAAUCUGGUGACCGGGUCGGGUUUGCUGCAGCUGUCGCUGACGCAGCUGAUUCAGUAUUACCAUAGGUUUCACAAGCUGCUGCCCCCUUCCGUCAGAACGCAGCUGGUUAAUAUACACCUGAUUAUGGUGGAGAUGAAGAAAUACAAAACCAAUUUUUAAUUUGAGAUACACAAUUAGUACUCUGUUAAAUUACGAAAAUAAAUGUAACACUAUUUUUCUGUAUUCUUUUAUUGUGAUAUGAUAAGGUUUUUGUUAUUAUUUUGUUGAAUAUCUGUAUUUUAAGAUUAUAUUAAAUUAUUA